CUGGGCCAGUGCGCAUGCGCCGGCUCCACUACUGUCUGCACUUCCUGUUGAUGCUCUUCUUCUUUUUCUUCUUCUUCUUCUCGUUCGCAGUCAUGGCGCUGCUCACUGCAGUUUUCUCCUGUCUUCUCCUCAGUCCGCUGCUCGUGGCUCAUGUGCAGGAUCUCGAUGACAUGUUUAAGGAGAACCGAAUGGACGACGUCUGGCUGGUGGACUUCUAUGCCCCAUGGUGUGGGUACUGUAAGAAGUUGGAGCCGGUCUGGCAGGAGGUCGGAGCAGAACUCGCACACUCCGGGUCGCCGGUGCGAGUCGGGAAGAUGGACGCCACUGCAUACUCAGGAAUGGCCUCAGAGUUCGGCGUGCGAGGAUAUCCCACCAUUAAACUGCUGAAGGGCGAGCUGGCAUACAAUUACAAAGGACCGAGAACCAAAGACGACAUAAUCGAGUUCGCCAACAGAGUGGCUGGACCGUCCGUGCGAUCGCUCCCGAGUCGACAGAUGUUCGAGCACGUCUUGAAGAGACACAGUGUACUGUUUGUGUAUGUCGGAGGGGAAUCUCCUCUUAAAGAGAAAUACAUCGAGGUGGCGUCUGAGCUCAUUGUCUACACAUAUUUCUUCUCUGCAUCUGAAGACGCCUUAACAGAGUCUGUGACUCUGCCUGAAUUGCCUGCAGUGGUUGUCUUCAAAGAUGGAAACUAUUUCACAUAUGAUGAGUAUGAAGAUGGCAGCUUGUCAUCCUGGGUAAAUCGCGAGCGUUUCCAGAGUUAUCUGCCGAUCGAUGGCUUCACGCUGUACGAGCUGGGAGAAACCGGUAAAUUGGUGGCGAUUGCCGUUACUGACGAGAAGGAUCCGACAGAGAAAAGCAUGAGGUUAAAAGGACUGAUCCAGAGGGUGGCUGCGGAGCACAGGGAGCAGUUCAACAGGGAUUUCCAGUUUGGCCACAUGGACGGUAACGACUACAUUAACAGCCUGAUCAUGAGUGAGGUGCCGGUGCCCAGCCUCCUCGUCCUCAACACCUCGAACGAGCAGUACUUCGUGCCGGACGAGCCGGUGGAGAGUCUAGAGCAGAUGCUGAUGUUCUUCACCAGUGUUGUGGACGGCAGCGCUCCGGCUUAUGGAGGAGAUGGGAUAUUCCAGAGGAUCAAGCGUGUGGCGUUUGAUGCCCGAUCAACAAUAAUGUCUGUGUUUCGCAGUUCUCCGCUGCUCGCCUGCUUUCUCUUCGGUCUGCCCCUCGGCGUCAUCAGCCUGAUGUGUUACGGCAUCUGUACGGCCGAGUCUGACGACGGGUCCGAGGACAUGAAGAGAGAAGCCCUCACUGAUGAAGAGGAGGAGGAGGAGGAGGAGGAGGAGCAGAGACUCGUGGAGGGAACGCCACACGCAGAAGACCACGGAGAACCGGCUCCACACAAGAAUCCAAGUGAAAAAAAGGUUGAUUAACGAAGGUGGAGAAGCAAGCGGAGGGAGCGAACGCCUCGACAGAGGAAUUUCCUCACAGGUUUUCAUGGGAUUAUUUUCAUUAUCCCAUUUCUUUAUUUUCAUCAUUUCCCUUAUUGUUCAUCAAAUUGAAGACUUCGAGACGAGCAACAGAGCUCCAUGAAUAAUUUACAAAACACACAUGGACCGAAACAAACACUGUUUUAGAGUUAAGUGACAUUAGUCUUUCUGCUUAUUAAUGCUCAUUAUUGUAUUGUGUCCUCAUGAUCCAUGAUCUACAGUCACUGUAAAUCCUCCAACGGUUGAAACGUGAAAACGAUUGAUAUCAGAAUGGACACACUUUGUUUUGUUGGGGGUUUUUUUUAUGAGAAAGUGCAGUUAUUGUAUCAAAGACUUUAUCUACAGAGGAUUGUCUUGCAUGAGAUAAAUUGGCCUUUUCAGAAAUAGUGUCCACACAUCAGUGCUUUAGCUCAUCGGACUGAGUGUGGAAGGGGUUAAACUUGGGAGUAAUCUAGUGGCGAGAUUAGACGAGCUUCUGCAGCGACGCACUCGUGGCUGUCCUCCGUACGGCGCUGUCCUGCGUCUGUGUUUUAGAGGUAGAGCAGCUGUUCAACAUUUACUCAGAAACUGCAUUUACUGCAUUCAUGAAAAUGGAAAGUCAAGACUUUUUUCAGGUUCCUAAAACUAGUUGUAAAAGUGUGUGUGUGACACAGCAUACAGUGCAAGGAGACGUUGGAGCGGAGCUGCUGUUACAAGGUGUGUGUGAGUGAGAGAGAGAGAGAGAGUGGGUGUGUGUGUGUGCAAGAGAGAGAGAGAGAGUUUGUGUGUAAGUGUGUGUGUGAGUAAGGCCGCUGAUCUCUCACACACAUACUUUUCCAGGGUGUGUUUGCUGUUUGAGCCCCAGCUGAAGAGCGCCCCCUUGUGUGUGGAUGCUGAACAAGCGUCAGCCUUCAGUGAUGAUGUAAUGUUGUUUUUUUCGCUAACUUUGCCUUCACAUUCCCUUCAAUGCCUCCUAAUGAUCAUCGUAUUUUGACAGAUCAAUCGUCUUACUGUUUGUGAUCUGUUCAUUAAACGUUUCUUUGUCUCUAUA